AUGAUGGGUGCCUUCGAUAAUCCUUCUCAAGCCGCGAAUCCUCGCGUGGCGGCGGCAUCAGUGCUGAAGGAGUUUGUAGACUCGCCUCCUAGCCCCCAAGCCCAAGAGGCACUAAGGCAACACAUUAGUCCUGGCGAACUUGUCCUGCAGGCAGCCCAGACAGCUGCGGCCUCCGUGAGGGGAGGCAAAGCCGAGCUGGGUGAAAAUGAGGAGAGUGAGGAGCUGCAGCUUGUUGUCAAAGCCCUACAGAAAUGCCUGGCCUACGAUGGCGUGCUGGAGAGUAUCGUCCGCGAGCCACACCUCCGACCUGUUCUCCUUGAAUCUGCAGAGAGCGGGAGCGCUUUACUCAGACGCCUUCUGGCGCAACAGAUUUUCAAACUGACGGGGCAAGCGCGCACAGGCGUCUUACUCGCAGCGGAGGCGGGACUUUACCAGCUCCUUCCGGGGCUUCUCCGCGACCCCGACGUGGGCGUCGCAAGCGACGCCUCCAAAGUGAUCCUGGCGAGCCUAGAUGGGCCGGAGGGCGUCCAGCUGUUCACGUCGGAGGCUUUCUGGCAGGCGCUCACCGCCGCGGCUGCGUCUGACAACGAGAUGGUGAAGAUUCGCGUCUUGGCGCUGUUCGUGGAAGCUGGUCGAAAAAGCGAGGAGCUGUUCAACAGCUUACUGGCGAGAGGCGCGUUUGCGCAACUGUUGAACGCCUUCAUGACCGACGACCUGCUGCUGAAGAUCUCCCUCAUCUCUCUGAUUGAACAGCUCGCGUCCUACCCGAGAGGGGCGAACUACAUUGCGACGUCGUCGAUUCCGCUGCGGCUCGUAGGGGAACUUGCAGACGAAUGCCUGGACGAUACGUCGAUGGUUUCCCUCGUCUACGUGAUUGCCGAAGUGAUCAAGCAGCAACCUCAGUUGGCCUCGGAGAUGUUCGCAGCCAGUAACGGCCUUCUGCCGCGAACCCUUGAGGGCCUCCUCAGCGUGUCUGGCGCAACUCCUCAAGAGAAGAAUGAGCUCUGCUGCGCAAUCGCUGCGUGGGGAAGCAUCGCCGGCAGCGCGCCAGGCUACGCCGCCGUCUCGAAGGCCGUCCCCGAGUUCGCUGCGGAAAUGACCGCUCAUUUCUCGGGAGAGACGGAGGUCGCGAAUUUGGCCAUGGACGCCUGGACAAACGUCUUGAAUGCGCUGUCCGAUCCUCUAGGCCCCGAGAUGACCGACUUCAUGGGGCCUCUUGUUGAGGCGGCACUGAAAACGCACUUAUCUCGGCCCUUUGGAGAGAGCAGAGUGCACUCGUAUCCUCUUCUUAGAGCGCUCUGCAGAUGGAAGCCCGCUGUCCGCGCGCUGUUUGCAUCCGAGGAGCUCCGGCGCACUCUCGUCGACCCCUUUUCAGAAGAAGCAAGCGACGCAAAAUACGCAAAGAACGCAUUUCUGAAGAAGCUAGUUGCAGAUCACACCGAGUGGCUGGCUGCUCUUAUUGACGAGGGAUAUCUAUCCAAGCUAAAGACAUUCGCCGAUGCUGGGCCUUUCUACGUUCCGGCAGGUAAGCACCCGCCAGCCACGCUUCGCCUUCUGGCUUGUGGGUCGGGCGUUUCCCUGAUUGCUCCUUCGCCUGUGCGCUGUCGUUAUAGACCGCCGUGUGCGGUUUGA